UGCAGUGUUAUCAUAGAAAAUUAUCUUCCACAUUUCGACCGAUGUAUUCAAUAAUCGAUUAUAAUGCGACAAAGAAUAAUAUUCCACAAAUUUGUUUUACGCAGUUAUUCUAUUAUUUCCCAUCCUAACCUACUAAAAAUUGUCAAGUGUACAAGUUCAAAUCGCAGCAUGGCUACAAAUGCAAAAUUUUUGGCAGAGUCUAAAUCUGAUUUGAGUGAUAUCUUUCGUUCUGCCGUGAAAGCAGUAUCACCGAACGAGAUUAUCAAGAGGAGAGUGAAACUUCGAAAUAAUACUUUGUACGUUGAUGACAAGAGUUUUUUGCUUCGAGAGAAUGUUUAUCUAGUUGGAUUCGGUAAAGCAGUUAUGGGAAUGGCAGUAGAACUCGAGAAAAUACUCGGUAAUGUCUUGAAAAAAGGUAUUGUCAGUAUUCCAUCAAAGGAUGCUAUGUGGACUUUCAAAGAUAAAUCUAGCUUUCCCAAGUUACACAAUAGCGUGAUAGAUUAUCGUGAGGGUAGUAUCAAUAAUCAACCUGACAGCAGAUCAUUGGAUACUACUCAUAAUAUUAUAGAUCUGGUUGAGAACUUGACAGAAGCAGAUACUCUAAUAGUAUUGGUAUCAGGUGGAGGCUCCGCUUUGCUAUAUAUGCCAAGGCCUGUUCUUGAUCAAGAAGACAAGUUGGAACUUUGUAAAAAGCUUCAAAAUGCUGGUGCUGAUAUCACAGAGCUUAAUACCAUAAGGAAAAAGUUGUCUCUUGUAAAAGGUGGUGGUUUGGCACGAAUAGCAUAUCCUGCAUCCAUUAUUACGCUAAUAUUAUCCGAUAUUGUUGGUGAUCCUGUGGACUUAAUUGCUAGUGGUCCUACUGUUUAUAGCACGAAAGCACCAGACACUGUAAUUUCUAUAUUAAAAAAGUAUAAUUUAUAUCAGUCAUUAGAAGGUAAUCUGAGGACAGUUCUAACAUCCAAAGAGACAUUCAAUGACAAAUCACUGUUGAGUCCAGCUAAACAAUUUAAACAUGUGACAAAUAUAAUUUUGGGAAAUAAUACAAUGGCUCUUGAAACUGCCAGUUUGGAAGCAUCGCGCAAGAAAUUGACUCCAAUAAUAUUAAGGAAUGAUAUUACAGGAAAUGUACAGGAUGUUAGUUUAGCAUAUGUUCAUAUAACAAGUUUAAUAUGUCUUGUUUUAUUAAAAGAAUUAGAGAAAAAAGAAUUUUAUGAAAGAAUACAGACCAUGCCAAUACUUUCAUUAUAUGUUGAUAAGAUAGAUGAAAUUUUUCAUAAGAUCACUAACAAUGUCGGUGGUAUAGUUUUAAUUGGAGGAGGAGAGCCUACGGUUGUAGUAACUGGUCAAGGAAAAGGCGGAAGAAAUCAAGAAUUAGCUUUACGUUUCUCGUUAGAUUGGCUAGCAAAAAUUAAAAGUUAUCCGCGACUCGCCGAAUACGAUGUAAUAAUGCUUAGCGCAGGAACCGAUGGUCAAGAUGGACCUACUGAUGCAGCAGGUGCAUUUGGUUAUCCUUCCAUUGCACCUAUAAUGCAUGAUGUUUAUGCAAAAAUUAAGUCUAUGACUACUAAAAAGUUUACACAAACUUUAUCUGAACAGGAAAUAAAAGAAAUAUCAGAUAAGAAAUCUAGUAACACAACAGAAGAGUCUGUUUCUGCUCAAGAACAUAUUGAUCCCUUGGUUUUGACAACAAUGGAAGUAGAACGUAUGUUACCUGAAAAUACCUUAAAAGAAAAUGAUACAUACAAUUUUUACUCGCGUUUCAAAAAGGGUACAGAUUUAAUCAAGACAGGAAUCACUGGAACCAAUGUUAUGGAUUUACAUUUUAUUUAUAUUAAACGACGUUCGUGCAGAUGUGAAAUUGAUUUCUCUGACAAAUCAACAUAUGAAGAAGAUAUUUUAGACACACAUGAUUUACAUAUUGAUGCAUUGACCAUCGAAAAGUACAAGGCUACAUAUGGUUCAUUAAAAUUGGAUAAAGACGAAUUUUUACAAUUUCCAUUUUCAACUAUCGAAGAAAAAAAACCACUUCUUAAUGUAAAGAUCAUUGAUGAAAAUUUUAAAGAUCCAUGUUGCAAUAUAAAACGUAAACUCGAUUAAGCAAAAAAAAAUUUAUAAA